AUGGUGUCCCUCGCUUUCCUCCCACCCCCUAUGGUGCCGCGUGCGUGGGCAGUGCUUCGGCAAGAUGGACAGGAAGCUGGAGAGCCCAACGUCGAUCGACUAAUCGACUACUUCGAAAGCACGUGGAUGGAGGGAAACUUCGAAGUUCAUCAGUGGAAUCACAACGGCAACCGUGGUCCGAGGACAAACAACCACCUUGAAGCGUGGCAUCGAAAAAUUAAUGCACGGGUCAACAAAGCGCACCCAAAUAUAUAUUCGUUCGUCGAUCUUAUCAAGAAGGACGAAGCGCUGAACAGCAUCCACCUGCUGCAACUAUCUCACGAAGGCAGCCUUCGUGCCCGGGAUCGAAAAUGGGUGCAUAAAGACAGAAAGCUGGAGCAACUCGAAUCGGACCUCAACAACGAGAGGCUGACGAUGCUCCAGUUUUUAAACGAAGCGAAGCAAUUCUGUGGUCUGUAG